AUGAAGCAGAAAAGAGACUACGUCAAUGGCAGGAUACCACGCAAUACGACGUCGCUUGUCACAGCACGUCGUAUCAAAUGGAGCGAGACGCAAAGCGGCCUUUCUUUUUUAAGGCAAUAUUUUGCCAAGAUAAUCUUACGCCUCUUCGCCUCCCUCACAUUGGCAACAGGACACAUGACGCGACGGAACGUUGGAUACAUCAUAACAAGAAAGAAAACCAGGACCGAAGAGAAAAGUGGCAAAGGAAAGAAAAUUCAACCACGACAUGCCGCGCUGCAUAUGAGGAAAAUCAUACAGUACAUACAAUACAAUAUGACUGCAGCGACGGUCCAGCGGGGCAAUAUUAAGAACAGCAAAGGUGGUGUGAAGUGA